AUGCCGAAGAAAAUACCUCCACUGGUCAGGCGAUAUUUUCAUUUAACUUUCUGGACACACAACGACGGACGGCCAGCGAACGGGGGCCACGGUCCACAGCCUGAGACGGUGCUGACCGUCGAGCAGCUUGGCAGUUCGAGUUGGAGAAUGUUCCACGGAACAUUCGGUUUUGUUCGCUCGCGUACGAUCCUACGCAGUGUUGUCGGUGAUACUGGUCCUGGUGGCGUACCAGGCGAAAAUACUAGCUAUCUGUUGGCACCGUUAGUGCCCCUAUUCGGGUGUGAAGUUCCCAGUAAACCGGUUCCGCAGCUACCAGCAGCAGCAGCAGCAGCAGCCCCUCAGCCUACAGCAUCUGAGACGACCACCACCAUCACUUACGGCACCAUGUUCGUCCUGUCGACGCUCUUUUCCAGAUCUCGUGGCAGCAGUAGAAUGGAUCGGUACGAGAAGCUCAGCCGGCUGGGCGAAGGCUCGUACGGUGUGGUGUACAAGUGCCGUGACCGCGAGACGGGCUCGCUGGUCGCGGUCAAGCGGUUCGUCGAGUCCGAGGAUGAUCCGGCCAUACGCAAGAUAGCGUUGCGGGAGAUCAGGCUACUGAAGAACCUGAAGCACCCGAACCUAGUCUGCCUGCUGGAGGUGUUCCGGCGGAAACGGAGAUUGCAUCUGGUGUUUGAAUUCUGCGAACAUACGGUUCUGCACGAGCUAGAGCGACAUCCGGAGGGUUGCCCAGAUAAUCUUACCAAACAGAUCACGUACCAGACGAUUCAAGGCGUCGCCUACUGUCACAAACAGGGUUGUCUGCAUCGCGAUAUCAAACCGGAAAAUAUCCUGCUUACCGCCCAGGGACAGGUGAAGCUGUGCGAUUUUGGAUUUGCCCGAAUGCUCAGUCCAGGGGAGAACUAUACAGACUAUGUUGCUACACGGUGGUACCGGGCACCGGAGCUGUUGGUGGGCGACACCCAGUACGGCACUCCCGUGGACGUGUGGGCCAUCGGGUGUGUGUUUGCUGAGCUCGUACGAGGCGAUGCCCUAUGGCCGGGUCGAAGCGAUGUCGAUCAGCUCUACCUGAUCCGGCGAACCCUCGGUGAUCUACUACCUCGGCAUCUGGCCAUCUUCAAUCAAAAUGAAUUCUUCAAGGGUAUAACACUUCCCGUGCCACCUACUUUGGAAACACUGGAGGCCAAGAUGCCGUCACGUACCUUAGCAAAUCCCUUGAUGAUGGAUUUUCUUAAGAAAUGCCUCGACAAAGAUCCGGCAAAACGCUGGUCCUGUGAACGGUUAGCAACGCACCCGUACUUCGAGGACUACAUCAGCAAGCAGAAGGAAAUCGAACAAACGAUCACACUAGAGCAGAAACAGAAUGGUAAUCGGGAGCUGAAACCGAAAACAUCCAACACCUCGCUACCGCAGCUACCCGGUACGCAGGAAUCGCGCGUACCACAGAAAAAUCUCUUUCUUCGCUCGGAUCACCAUUUGCCAACCAUCUAAGAAGACUACUAGUAGGCCACAAACUAAGCCCCAUUACGGGGUUGGGCGAUGAACCUCGAAGUCAAUAGGAGCUAUGUCCGGGUGCGUAGCUACCGACGGGUCGGGCUUAGGCAUCGUACCACCACAGCAAGAUAGAACCGUUACGUGCUGCAGCAUGCGUCCCGUUUCUUCAACUACAUUCUUCUACCUACGCGAAAUUUCGUUUAAUGCUCUCGAAGCAACUUAAAAAAACAAC